GAUUUCAUCGUUAUACGUUUCCACGUCUAAAGUAUAUAGACAAUUUUCAAGCAUAAUAACGCAUCUUAAGGAGACUAGACCUGUUAAAAGUCAAAUAGAAAAAACUGUUUAUUUGUCUUACUUCGGGUUAUUUGUUUACUAGCUCAGAUGAAGAGAGUUUUUCAAUUUAAACUCCAAUACGACCCAUAAGAUUGGUGUGUCAGACUCCAAAUUGCUUUUGCUAUCUGUAACAUUAAGAGCUGCAAGAAUGUCAACAUUCUCACCUUUGUGUUAGCUUUUAAUUCUAUAUACAUCCUCUUCUGGUGUAUGGAACUAGCUAUGAAGUUACUGACAAAACUCCUGCUUCCAAGAAAUUUUUUAUUUUGUUUCUAUCAGCGAUUAAGGUAUAGUUUCACUUUAGGUCUACAGAAAUUUCUGUCCGUAAAUUCACGUCUAUGGUGUUUUCAACAGCUGUUUGAUUCUUUAACAUACAUUUGCUCAGUUCAUUGUUUUUCUAUCUUAUCUCACCAUCGAUUCGCAGCUUACAUUCCACAAGAUUUUACAUAUUACUACUGAUAAACUCUUCUUCAAUAACAAUUUACUUGCACAUAAAUCAUGGCUCGUAUAUCGAAACCUAAUCGUAUUUGCUUGAUUUUAUCCACUGUUGCAUUGCUGUUCUUGUCCCUGAUAUGCGUAGUCGGAUUAUUUAUAUUCAACCAUUUAUUUGCUAGUCUGAUUUCUAGGAAACUUGCUAUUUUACCCGGUAGUGAAAUUUUUGAUAACUGGAAAUCACCAAGUGUCCCUGUGUAUUUUUCCAUAUAUCUGUAUAAUUUGACUAAUCCUCAAGAAGUUCUAAGUGGUGGUCGACCACGAUUUACUGAAGUUGGCCCUUACGUUUAUCGCGAGGAUCGUCAACGUAACAAUGUAGAAUUUUCUGAAGAAUCUCCUCCGAAAACUGUAAAAUAUCAACACAGAAUUUUCUACCACUUUCAACCUGAUCUCUCUGUCGGUCCUGAUGAUCAGGGAAUCGUUACAAGUCUUGAUCUGGUAACAGUAGCCAUAAAUAAUCUUCCGGAAUACUACAAAAUAAUUUUUUUUUUAUACACGUUCAACGCAUUCAUUUCGAAGACACCUCGUGAAAUCAUCUGGGGUUAUCAUGAUCCACUGAUGUCUCUUUGUUUAAGUUCUAAAGUUUGUGACACCGAUCGUGCUGGCUUAAUGGCUACGAACAAUGGUACAAAAGUUUCUGAUUUCGUGAUUGAUACCGGUGCUUACAAUAUUUCAAACGUCGGGAAAGUGCUACAAUACAAUGGAGUAACAUCUUUGAACUAUUGGCGUACUGAUUACGCUAAUAUGAUAAAUGGCACAGAUGGAAGUGUUAUACGGCCAGGAUUACGAAUGUCUUCUCGAAUAUCCUUUUUUGUGCCAGAUUUCUGCAGAUCCUUUCAUUCAGAUGCUGUUGGUUGGACGACUGCAACUCAUGACAGUAGUGUACAUUUACUUAGAUUUGCGUCUCAUCCCGAACAAUCCCAGAACGCCACUGUUAAUCCGUUGAAUGCUGCAUUCUGUCCGAAGAAGAAGGCCGGUCCAGACUGUCCUCCAACGGGAAUGAUACCUUUGUCACCUUGCUCGAACCCUAAGAUUUCAGUCCCUAUAUUUGCUUGCCAGCCACAUUUCUUGGGAGCUGACCCAAGUAUUCGGGCAGCUAUGGAUGGGAUAAGAAAGCCUGAUGAAAAGCUUGAUUCUACUACAUUACUUAUUGAACCUAAUACUGGGUUUGUAUUGGAAGCUUUUAAAAAGGUUCAAAUUAAUGCAUAUAUUGAAAACAAUGGUGGUUUGAGUGAAGUAUACCAAGAUAUGGCAGGACCAUAUUUCUUUCCCUUAGCUUGGUUCACCGAGUCAAUUCAAUAACACAAAACAUAAAUGAUGAAUAGUUCCCUUCACUUAUUUAUUUAUAAAUCAACUUUGUGGAACAUUGUCGUGAUUUACGUACUUAAGCUUGUUACUACCGACCAGCCAUCUCCACCCAGCUCUGUCCUGGGAUGAUCUUAGUAAUUUUUGACGAUGUCUAUUCAUUAUUAUGAUGUAUGCCUUUAUAUUUCGAUACAAUGUGUUGUUCUUUAGAAUGUUAGCACAUGAAUAUGCGAUCGAUACAGUUUUCUCCAGUGAGGUCUACUGAAACCCAUGGAGCUGCAUGUAGAAAAUCAUGGCGAAAAAUGCUCCCCACUAUGACCAUUCUGUUGAACAAUCGUAGGUAGGUGUACCAGUCUUUCAUUUCGUUCUCCCAACCUAUGUGGCCCUAUGAUGCAUCCAUACUCCAUGUUGUACAUCUCGUCCUUUGUGUUUAUGCUCCUUAUCAUCGGAUGGUCAUCAUAUGACGUUUUCCUGGUCUGUUCUUACGAAAGUCUGUAGCAUCUUACGAAAUUGAUCUCUAUCAUCUUCGUAACUGUUAUCGGUGGGUACGUAGCACUGAAUUACAGACACUGUAACCCCUCAAUCCUUUACUUUGAAGGGUGCUUUGAUGAUCCUAGCGUUAUGAUUUUUUUAUUGUUUUUAUCUGAACGUUGUCCGAUGAGUUUCACUUGUUUGAAACACAGUCAGAUUGCAUCUCAUCACUUGCUCUGCUUUUCGAGUUAGCUUCCCUGUCACCUACAAUGUGUGGACAUUUCAUAUACUUGUACUAAUUGUUGCUGUGGCUGUCAGAAGUGUCGUCGGUCUGCUGACUUCUGAACAAUGUUGGUCUCCAACUCGAGGUAUGAUAACUAUUCUAUGUGGAAGUCCUUCAAUUGUCGGAAGAGAGGUUGAAUCGUUCAAAUGAUUAUUUGUGGUUAGGUGUUUUUGUCGAGUUUCGUUUUUCGGAGGAUAUGUUUGUAAUCCUACACUCAACCUUUUCAAAUACUCGCGUUUGGAACCAACAGUAACCCUAGAGUGACUACAGGUGGAUGUGAAUAAUUUUGUGCAUACAGCUACUUGAAAUUUAAAUCAUUUUUUUCAUACAUCCUUUUUUAUUUUUGUACUUAUGUUCAGAGUUUAUGAGUAUGUUGUUACUAUUUCGCUUUCAGUUUGCAGUGGCUGACAAAAAGGCGUUAAGUAAAAUAUCAAAGUAUAUUCUUAAGCCUAAGAAAAUAAUACCUAUUGUUUUAUCAACUGUCGGCUCACUUGCACUUAUAUCAGCCGUCAUCUUGAUAGCAGUUCUAUUAAAGCGUUAUAAAUUAACAAAAACUGAUAGUGCUUCUAUUCACGGUCAAGCUGAAUCUACAUUCAUGCCAACAGAUUCUGGGUUAUGUAAUAAAUCAGAUGAAAGUCCAUUUGAUCAAUGGACUGUUAAACCUUCACCAGAACACGAAUCUUUUCAGGUUGUCGAAUCAAAACCUUUGCUCAAACCUAGUGAUACGGCUGGAAAUACAGUUGUCUGAUUUAUUUAUCCUCGUUGCUGUCAAUUCAUCUGUUAGUCCCUCAGCUACAUAUAAAUGGUGCUCACUGUUUUCGCGAAACCAAUCAAAGUAUUUUUUUUACCAAAACAAAGGAAUAUGAAAUGAUCCGAUUUCAUUCUUCUUCUAUUGUAGUGCUUCCCAUAACCUUAUCCCAGUGCUCAUUGAAAUUUAUUUCCACAUCACACUGUUUAUUUAAAUGUAUAAUACAAUAACCAUAUCCUAAACUUUUAAAAUUUAGAAACCAGUCUGUUGACUAUUCACACGUUAUUUUCUCCAAGAAAUGUAACCAAUCUGUUUGUUGAUUUUCUUAUCGCCUUUGAGCUUUUUAAGGUUCAAUGCUUAAAGCUUAUUUAGGUGCUUUCUUUUUUAGCCUAUAUUAGAUUUGCUGUAUGCAUACGAUUAUAUACGUACUUUAUCUCAUAAUGGAUCCUUAACUGCAAUCGGAUGUUCUUGAUAUUUUCUCUCACUAACAUUCCUAUCGAAACUCCAUUCUAUCUAAGCAUCAUUAUCGCUCGGAUCAUGCUUUUCAACUUCCUUCUAUAUUGUAUUCAAACAGUUACUCCGUUUAUUCUUUCUAAGAAUAUAGUAACUUUAAUUUUGGUUUACGAAUCAAGUAUUUAUAUUAUAUAUUUUUGUUAUUUAUGUUCACAAUUUGUUGCACUCUGCUUAUUCUUAUUAGUGAUUUACUCCCCAAGCCGAUUCACCCAUUGUGUCCUAUCUGUCGUUUUUAAGAAUACUGCCUUUUGUUUGUAUUCGCCGCUUUAAUUAGCAUUUGUAAUAUUAUACAAAAAUCCUGUUUUUUUAUUUUCAACAACUCAAUACAAAAUAGAGGUAUUGGAUUUCA